ACUGCCCUUCACAAAGAUGGCGGCAAGAGGAGAUUAAAAGGGCGAGGCGGCGCGGGGCGGAGGCGGUCAUGUGACAAGGGAAGAUGGCUGCCUUUCCCUGGCAUUCGAGGCAGAGAAACUACAAAGCUGAAUUUGAAGCAUGUAGGUUAGAGACUGUACCCCUGGACUUUGGAGAUUAUCAUCCACUGAAACCCAUUACUGUCACAGAAUCAAAGACCAAGAAAAUGGGGAGGAAAGGAAGUACUUCUUCUACUUCUUCUUCUUCCUCAAGUUCAAUGAUGGACCCCUUGAGCAGUGUUCUUGAUGGCACUGAUCCACUCUCCAUGUUUGCAGCAACAGUAGAUCCAUUGACUGCCACAGCUAAUAUGGAUAGCUCAAGAAAGAAACGGGAUAGAGAUGAUAAUUCCAUAGUAGGAACUGAUUUUGAACCUUGGUCAAGCAAACGUGGUGAUAUCCUUGCCAGAUAUACAACAACAGAAAAACUCUCUAUCAACCUGUUUAUGGGAUCUGAGAAAGGCAAGGCUGCAACCUCCACCUCUGCAGUGUCUGAAAAAGUCAGGACAAGGCUGGAGGAACUGGACGAUUUGGAGGAGGGAUCCCAGAGGGAGCUACUGAAUUUGACUCAACAGGAUUACAUGAACCGAAUUGAAGAGCUCAAUCAGUCACUGAAGGAUGCCUGGGCCUCAGACCAGAAAGUGAAAGCACUGAAAAUUGUUAUCCAGUGUUCUAAACUUCUUUCUGACACGUCAGUAAUCCAGUUCUACCCAAGCAAAUUUGUCCUCAUCACUGAUAUACUUGAUACAUUUGGAAAAUUAGUGUACGAGCGAAUCUUGUCCAUGUGUGUAGACAACCGCAGUGUCUUAUCAGAUCACUUUUCUCCAGAGAUUGGAAAUGAUACGGCCAAAGAAACUUGCUUGAAUUGGUUUUUCAAGAUUGCUUCAAUCAGGGAACUUAUUCCCAGAUUCUAUGUGGAAGCAGCCAUCCUGAACUGCAACACGUUUUUGUCCAAAACAGGAAUUUCAGAAUGUCUUCCACGACUGACAUGUAUGAUUAGAGGAAUUGGCGACCCUUUGGUUUCAGUAUAUGCCAGGGCAUAUCUGUGCAGGGUUGGGAUGGAAGUGGCUCCACAUCUUAAAGAAAGUCUAAAUAAGAACUUUUUUGAUUUCCUCCUUACAUUUAAACAGAUUCAUGGGGAUACAGUUCAGAAUCAGUUGGUGGUACAGGGCGUGGAGAUUCCAUUGUAUCUUACUUUGUAUUCUCCUGCUAUUGAUUGGAUUUUGCAGUGCAUUGCAUAUCAUGCUCCUGAGGUUCUGCUUACUGAGAUGAUGGAAAGGUGCAAGAAACUAGGGAACAAUGCUUUGCUGUUGAAUUCUGUGAUGUCAGCAUUCAGAGCUGAGUUUAUUGCUACGAGGUCUAUGGAUUUUAUUGGCAUGAUUAAAGAGUGUGAUGAGUCUGGAUUCCCCAAGCAUCUCCUUUUUCGCUCAUUGGGGUUAAAUUUAGCCUUGGCUGAUCCCCCUGAGAGUGAUCGACUUCAGAUAUUAAAUGAAGCCUGGAAAGUCAUCACUAAAUUGAAGAAUCCACAGGACUAUAUUAAUUGUGCUGAAGUGUGGGUAGAGUAUACGUGCAGGCAUUUCACGAAACGGGAGGUCAAUACUGUUUUAGCAGAUGUCAUCAAACACAUGACUCCUGAUCGGGCAUUUGAAGAUGCAUAUCCACAGCUUCAUUCAAUAAUCAGGAAAGUUAUCACCUACCUUCACGAUUUUUCAGUUCUUUUCUCAGUGGAGAAAUUUUUGCCAUUUCUGGAUAUGUUCCAAAAAGAGAAUGUCCGUGUGGAGGUUUGCAAGUGCAUUAUGGAAGCUUUUAUUAAGCAUCAGCAAGAACCUACCAAGGAUCCUGUCAUCCUGAAUGCUUUACUACAUGUCUGUAAGACGAUGCAUGACUCUGUGAAUGCACUCACCCUUGAGGAUGAAAAGAGAAUGUUGGCACUUUUAAUUAAUGGAUUUAUAAAAAUGGUUUCAUUUGGUCGUGACUUUGAGCAGCAGUUGAGUUUUUAUGUGGAGACCAGAUCAAUGUUUUGCAAUCUGGAACCUGUUCUUGUCCAAUUGAUUCAUAGUGUGAACAAGUUGACAAUGGAAACAAGAAGAGUAAUGAAAGGAAAUCACUCCAGAAAGACUGCUGCAUUUGUCCGGGCCUGUGUUGCCUUCUGUUUCAUUACUAUUCCUUCCUUGACUGGUAUCUUCACACGUCUUAAUCUCUAUCUGCAUUCAGGUCAGGUUGCCUUGGCAAAUCAGUGCCUUUCCCAAGCGGAUGCUUUUUUCAGAGCCGCAGUAAGCCUUGUUCCUGAAGUUCCAAAGAUGAUCAAUAUAGAUGGAAAGAUGCGGCCAUCUGAAUCAUUCCUUCUGGAAUUUCUUUGCAAUUUAUUUUCUACUUUAUUAAUAGUUCCGGAUCAUCCAGAACAAGGAGUCCUAUUUCUUGUUCGAGGUUUACUAAAUGUGAUCCAGGACUACACUUGGGAAGACAAUAGUGAUGACAAAAUUCGUAUCUACACCAACGUUUUACAUCUCCUCUCUGCAAUGAGCCAAGAGACUUAUCUCUACCAUGUAGACAAAGUUGAUUCCAACGACAGCCUCUAUGGGGGAGACUCAAAAUUCCUGGCUGAAAACAACAAGCUUUGUGAGACCGUGAUCACACAGAUCCUGGAACACCUCAAAGCCCUGGGAAAGGAUGAGACCCUGAAGCGCCAAAGUGUUCUGGCACUUUCCUUCUUUAACAGCAUCUUAGCUCAUGGUGAUCUUCGAAACAACAAACUUAACCAGCUGUCCGUCAACCUGUGGAAUCUAGCCCAGAGGCAUGGCUGUGCAGACACCAGGACUGUGGUGAAAACUCUGGAAUAUAUCAAGAAAAGAAGCAAACAACCAGAAAUGAGUCAUUUGUCUGAACUGGCCCUCAGGCUCCCAUUGCAAACCAGGACCUAACCAAGGCAGCCUCUUUCCUGAGCCCUGAGCUCAGGAUUCUGUAGCUGUCAGGAAUUAUGUACUUUAUUCUAGGCUCUCACUGAAAUUUAGUCUUCUUUCAUUUUAAGAAUCCCUUAACAUAUGUUAGACUGGCUGUUAUUUUGUCAUUGGUUUAAAUAUUCUGACAAUGAAAGAAGGAAUGUUCAAAUCAGAUUUCAUUGUAUCAUCAUUUCACAUCUUCUGAUAGUUUCUACUUGCAAAUAACCUUUUAGAUCUCAGCAAGUGGCCUUCUAAUAAGUCUGUAGGUCCUUUAAGAGGAAAAAAAUUACUUUCUAAUAAGUCUGUAGGUCCUUUAAGAGGAAAAAAAUUACUGCAUGUAAAUGUGAAGGGCCUCUCAACACACUAUCUUUUUUUUUUUACCCCUGGGGCAAUGAGGAUUAAGUGACUUGCCCUGAGUCACACAAGCUAGUAAGUGUCAAAUGUCUGAAGCCGGAUUUGAACUCAGGUUCUCUUGAAUCCAAGGCCAGUGCUCUAUCCACUGUACCACCUAGCUGCCCCCCACCCCUACCCCUUAUCUUUUUUAAACAUAAUCCUAAAAUCCUAUUUGGGAAGGCAAGUAUAGCUUAGACUUACUAUUCAUGAGACAAUACACAAAUUACUUAACCUCUCAGAGCCACAAUUUCUUAAUCACUAAAAAGAUGAUAGCUAAUACUUGUAGAACCUAACUCACAAGAUUUGUGAGACUAAAAUGAGAAAAUGUAUAUAAAAGGCUUUGCAAACUUUG